AGCGCAGCAUAAUUUCUUGCGUGAUUUUGGAGAAACUUCGUCAAAUGAACACGUUUGUUGACGAUUUCAAUUGGAAACGAUUAAAAGGAGGACUACAUGAGGCAUGUCGUCCACGUCUCGUCUCGUGAAAGUCAGCUACAGGAACAGAAGCAGCCAGCCAACUGGGCCCGUGGAGUCCCUCAAGGAACUGCAGCAAAAGUUAAAGGAGGAGCGUGAAGCCAAGCGUGCCCAGCUUGAUGGAAGACAUGACUAUGUGCUCAGUAUCGUGGCUUCAUGCCUGGGACUGGAGAAAGCUGAUGUCGAAGACGCUAUAUUGGAGGGAGAUCAGCUUGAUCGCAUGGAACAGUUUUUUGUGGCUGAGGGGCUUCUACACCUCAUGUUUUACUAUCAAGAGAGUGGUUCAGUGGAUGGAGGGACAUCAUCCUCAUCAUCACUGCAACUGCCUCAGCCACCUAGUCAAAACAAAAAGCAUAAAGUGUUUGUGACUGAUGGAAAGGAUGUGGCCCUGACCGGAGUAUGUGUCUUCUUCACCAGAGCCAACGCCUCCAAGGCAAUCACUUCUGAAAACAUACACAGAGAUGUCAAUUUCAAUAUGUUGGACACCUCAGAGGGGGGUCUGUUAAAAAGUGUGGAACAGCUGCUCUCUGUGGUUUUUAUACCAACACUGACAAAGAUGAACCAUGGCUGGGGAGAACUGGCCAGUCCACAGGCCCAAGCAGUUAAACAGGACUUCAUAUCGUCACUGGAAAACUUUGUGUCUGUCUUGGCGGGGGCACAGGAGAGUCUACAAGAAAAGGUUACUUUGAGAGAAUGCGAUACAUUUGACGUGCGGAUCCUAAAAGGCCCGUCGGACUACAUGGCGGCGGCCAACAACACUGAGACUAUAGAAAAGAUAGAAGGGUGCAUGAAAGUCUGGAUUAAGCAGAUCGAACAGGUUUUAGCUGAGAGCGACCAGCUGAGAAAAGAAGCCGAAGACCUUGGCCCACGGGCCGAGCUGGACCACUGGAAGAAGCGAAUGUCUCGCUUCAACUACCUUCUGGAUCAGCUCAAGAGCCCUGACGUGAAGGCGGUAUUAGGUGUGCUCUUGAUGGCAAAAUCUAAAAUCAUCAAGUUGUGGCGGGAACUGGACACCAGGAUCACCGAGUCAGCCAACGAAGCCAAAGAUAACGUCAAAUAUCUCUACAGCUUGGAGAAGUUUUGCGAUCCACUUUACAAUAGUGACCCUGUUUCGAUGGUGGAUGCUAUACCAGGUCUUAUCAACGCUAUCAGAAUGAUUCACAGAAUCUCUCACUACUACAAUACAUCUGAAAAGAUUACAUCACUUUUUGUCAAGGUAACAAACCAGAUGAUAACAGCCUGCAAAGGGUACAUCACUAACAAUGGUGAAAAAUCAAUUUGGGACCAGCCACAACGGAUUGUAGAGGAGAAAAUCAGAGCAGCCAUCCACCUAAAUGAGGAGUACCAGCGUUGUUUCCAUAAGACCAAAGCAAAGCUCGAACAGACUCCCACAGAGAGACAGUUUGACUUCAGUGAGAUGUACAUUUUUGGAAAAUUUGACACGUUCCAGCGACGACUCAAUAAGAUCCUGGAAAUGUUGGCCACCAUUUCUACCUAUUCGGCCCUUCAGGAUGCAAAAAUAGAGGGACUUGAGACGGUGGCAACCAGGUUUCAAAUAAUAAUGCUGAACAUGAAGACAAAACAUUAUAGCUUCCUUGACCAAAGAAGAACUGACUUUGAUGUGGACUAUGAGGAAUUCUGCAAAAGUACAACUGAACUUCAUGAGCAGCUGAUGAAUUUCAUGGAUUGCACGUUCAACAAAAUUCAAAAUACAGAACAAGCUCUUGACAUGCUUAAAAAAUUUCAAAGACUGGGUAUCCCCAACCUCGGCAUUGAUGAGAAGUACCAGCAUAUUCUCAAGAGUUAUGGCCGCGACAUUGAAAUGGUGUCCAAUCUCUUCAUGAAGCAAAAACAAGACCCCCCAAUUGGCCGAAACUUGCCCCCAGUCUCUGGCCGGAUCAUGUGGGCUCGCCAGCUGUACAGCAGAAUUCAGCGUCCCAUGGAUCUUUUUCAACAGCACACGGGCGUUCUUUCCACACCUGAGGCUAAGAAGAUCAUCCGGAAUUACAACAGGAUAGCAGCAGUUCUGCUUGAGUAUGAAAUACUUCACCAUCAAAGAUGGAUGAAAACGGUUGAGGAUGCCAGGCCUGGCCUACAGGCAUCUUUGCUGGUCCGGUCAAAAGAGACAGGAGAACUGUUUGUGAACUUUGACCCGGAGAUUAUGAAGCAAAUCAGAGAGGCAAACUGCAUGAGGAGAAACAAUUUUGAGGUCCCACUCUUUGCUGCCCUGCUGCAACAAAAACAGGACACCCUCAAAAUGAACUUUAACAAUUUACAGUUCAUGUUGAGUGAGAAUGCUAGAGUUCGUGGAAAAAUUCAGAGUGCUUUUGAACAACUGGCAAUGCCACAUGUAACUAAGGUAGAUGAGGCAAUACAGCCAGGGUUGACAUCCCUCAACUGGACAUCAAUGAACACAGACAAAUACCUCAGUACCGUUUACAAAUCCUUGGAGAAUCUGGAGCUGUUGAUUGACAGAGUGAACGACCUGGCAGAGUUCAGGAUAGAUGCAGUGUUGCAGGAGAUGAGCACAUGCACAUUGUGCAUUCUCCCAGAAGAUGAACCUGUUACCUGUGAAGACUUUGUUAAGGCCACCAGGGACUUGUGUAUUAAGCAAGCCCAGAGUCUACACACCAAGAGCCUUCAGGUGGAGGAAGCAGCUAAUGAACUGAUCAACAUGCUGCUGGAGUUUGACCACAAUCAAAGAGAGGAGGGUGAAAAGUUAGAGGAAGAAAUCUGCCCUCAGAGGAAAACAGAAGACGGUCUCGACAGGGAAGGGCCGUCAGAAGCCCGUCUCUCCUCCAGACACAUCUUACUACCCCCCGCCAGUGUUGGUCCGUCUUCCCCCUUGGUAAGAAGGAGGAGGAAGCGAGACCUGAUGCAAGUGAUGGAGUUGGAGGCGCAGGAGCUGCUGUCAUAUUUCAACCACCGCAAUGCAGAUGCUUUGCUCAAACUGACACGGAACACCUUGGAGACAUUACGCAAGCAUAUCCAGACCUCCCCACUUGCACAUUUCAUGGGUGAGAAUGAUUCACCCAGACGUGGGAGGAGCAAUGGCCAGCAGGCAAUCUUCAGAGUCAAUGCAACACUUUCGAUCCCAAAUAUUGCCAUCAUUCCAACUCUGGAGGACAUACAGCAAGCAUUGAAUAGGGCGGUCGAGUGCGUGGUCAGUGUAAGCAAAGGCGUUGGCCAGUGGAACAAAGAAAGGAUCUCAAAGAGAAAAAUGAAUGAAAAGCGAAUAGCAGCAUUGAAGCCAGAAAGUUCUGAAAGCGAAUCAGAAGAUGGAACAACAACGUACCGGAGCCUUGCGGAUGGAAGCGCCUCGGACAUAUCAGCGUAUGUGAGCCAAGCCAUUCCCAUCCAAGCCAAAAACUACUACAAGAAUGUUUCUGAGAACAAGGAGAUUGCGAAACUGGUUUCUGUCCUUGGCAUAUCCAUCGUCUCUAACAGAAAGGAGGUGAUGCAAGCUCUAGAUCGUUUCAGCAGUUAUCAUCACAUUUGGAGAAAGGAUCGCGGUGAAGCCAUGCAAAAAUUCCUUCAAGGUAGUCCGUUGCUGUCAGAAUUUGAGAGUCAGAUUCUUUACUAUCGAGACCUGCACCUGGAAAUCAAUUCUGAGCCUGAAUGCAUCACUGUUGGGGCGCUGGCUCUAUUUACAGUGGAUCUGAAGCUGUCUCUCACUGCUGAAACUAAAAACUGGAUGGUGGACUACGGGCUGUACUGUAACAAGAAAUAUCGUUCCGAGAUGGACCAGAUCUUCAAUUUCAUUGAUGAAGCAGGAAAGAAACUGAAUCGGCAGAUUAAAGACCUGGAUGAUAUUCGUAUUGCCAUGGCAGCGUUCAAGGAGAUUAGAGAAAGCCAAAUAGCCAUUGACUUUCAAGUCGGUCCGAUUGAGGAGUCUUAUGCCAUGCUUCACAAGUAUGAGCUCUCAGUCGCUAAAGAAGAAGCAGACAAAGUGGACACACUUCGCUACAUGUGGGAGAAGUUGUUGUUGCGGAGUACAGAAGUGCAGAAUGAAUUGAUUGCAUUACAGCCAAAAUUCAGAAGUGAACUAUUCACUAACGUGCAGAUUUUCAUGGAGGACUGUCAACACUUUUACAUGGACUAUAACAAGGAUGGUCCAAUGGUGGUGGGGUUAGCUCCUCAGGAUGCCAGUGAUAGACUUAUCAUGUACCAGAAUCGAUUUGAUAACUUGUUCAGAAAGUACAUCACCUACACAGGUGGUGAGGAGCUGUUUGGACUUCCUGUCACCCAGCACCCUGAGCUCUUAGAAAUCAGAAAGCAGUUGACUUUACUGCAAAAGUUGUAUGGCCUUUACAACAAUGUCAUUGAAACGGUUAAUGGAUACAAUGACAUCCUUUGGGCUGACUUGCACAUUGAGAAAAUCAAUAAUGAUCUGCUGGACUUUCAAACAAGAUGUCGCAAGCUGCCUCGAGCUCUCAAGGAAUGGCAAGCCUUCCUGGAUCUGAAGACAAUAAUUGAUGAAUUUAAUGAGUGCUGCCCCCUAUUGGAGUUAAUGUCCAACAAGGCCAUGAUGAUGCGGCACUGGAAGAGAAUUACAGAGGUGACAGGACAUACAUUUGAGGUUGAGACGGACACUUUCAAGCUGCGUAGUAUUAUGGAGGCUCCCCUACUCAAGUGCAAAGAGGAGAUUGAGGAUAUCUGCAUUAGUGCAGUGAAAGAACGGGACAUUGAGCAGAAGUUGAAGCAAGUAAUUGCAGAGUGGGACAACAAGACUUUUACUUUUGCCAACUUUAAAACCCGUGGGGAGCUCUUACUAAGAGGAGACAGCACAUCAGAAAUCAUCGCCAGUAUGGAGGACAGCCUCAUGGUCUUGGGAUCUCUUAUUAGCAACAGGUACAAUACUCCAUUUAAAGCCCAGAUACAGAAAUGGGUACUGAAUCUGUCCAACACCACUGACAUUAUAGAAAAUUGGAUGACUGUCCAGAAUCUAUGGAUCUACCUAGAGGCUGUGUUUGUAGGGGGAGACAUUGCCAAACAACUUCCAAAGGAAGCAAAACGUUUCUCAAACAUUGACAAAUCUUGGGUGAAGAUCAUGACACGGGCCCAUGAUAUGCCCAAUGUGAUCCAGUCAUGUGUUGGGGAUGAGACAAUGGGACAGCUGCUUCCACACCUUCUGGAACAACUUGAGAUCUGCCAGAAAUCUCUGACAGGCUACUUGGAGAAGAAGCGUCUGCUGUUUCCUCGGUUUUUCUUUGUGUCUGACCCUGCACUGCUCGAGAUCUUGGGUCAAGCCUCAGACUCCCAUACCAUCCAAGCCCACCUUCUUAAUGUCUUUGACAACAUUAAAUGUGUCAGAUUUCAUGACAAGGUAUAUGACCGCAUCCUGGCCGUGUCAUCUCGGGAGGGGGAAACUAUGGAGUUGGAUCGACCAGUCACAGCAGAGGGAAAUGUUGAGGUUUGGCUCAAUGCCCUACUCAAAGAAUCCCAGAGGUCUUUACAUAUGAUCAUCCGGCAGGCUGUCUUGGCCAUUCAGGAAUCUGCCUUCCAGCUUAUCGACUUCCUCAACUCCUUUCCUGCUCAAGUUGGUUUGCUGGGCAUCCAGAUGAUAUGGACAAGGGAUUCUGAGGAUGCUCUCACUAAUGCCCGAUAUGAUCGUCGUAUCAUGGCUAAAACCAAUCAAAUAUUUUUAGAUCUGCUCAAUACACUGAUCGAUAUGACCACAAGAGACCUAAGUUCCAUUGAGCGGACCAAAUAUGAGACCCUCAUCACUAUUCAUGUUCACCAGAGGGACAUAUUUGAUGACCUGUGUCGGCUGCAUGUCAAAAGCCCCGGAGACUUUGAGUGGUUGAAGCAGUGCCGUUUCUACUUCAAUGAGGACUCUGACAAAAUGAUGAUCAACAUCACAGAUGUAGGCUUCCUUUACCAGAAUGAAUUUUUGGGCUGCACUGAAAGGCUUGUGAUUACACCAUUGACUGACAGGUGCUACAUCACCCUUGCCCAGGCUCUCUGUAUGAGUAUGGGUGGAGCACCUGCAGGUCCUGCAGGAACAGGUAAAACUGAGACCAUUAAGGAUAUGGGGCGCUGUUUGGGGAAGUAUGUGGUAGUCUUCAACUGUUCUGACCAGAUGGACUUCAGAGGUCUAGGAAGAAUAUUCAAGGGUCUUGCUCAGUCUGGUUCAUGGGGCUGUUUUGACGAAUUCAACCGCAUUGACCUACCCGUCCUGUCGGUGGCAGCCCAGCAGAUUUCAAUAUUGCUCACCUGCAAGAAAGAACGACGAAAAAACUUUGUCUUUACUGAUGGAGAAAAUGUGGAGAUGAAUCCAGAAUUUGGUAUCUUUAUAACAAUGAACCCGGGUUAUGCAGGGCGACAAGAACUCCCAGAGAACCUAAAGAUCAAUUUUCGCUCUGUGGCCAUGAUGGUUCCUGACCGCCAAAUUAUCAUCAGAGUGAAACUAGCCAGCUGUGGCUUCAUAGAUAACAUGGAGCUGGCUCGAAAAUUCUUCACGCUCUACAAGCUUUGUGAAGAGCAGCUGUCCAAGCAGGUUCACUAUGAUUUUGGCUUGCGGAACAUCCUCUCCGUGUUGCGAACUCUGGGAGCAGCCAAACGAGCCAAUCCCAGCGACACUGAGUCUACCAUCGUCAUGAGGGUUCUCAGGGACAUGAAUCUCUCAAAGCUGAUCGAUGAAGAUGAGCCACUCUUCCUGAGUUUGAUUGAGGACCUCUUCCCAGGGAUUCAGCUUGAUAAAGCAGGUUACCCUGAACUUGAGGCAGCCAUUGACAAACAGGUGGAAGAUGCAGGUCUGAUUUGUCACCCACCCUGGAAACUGAAAGUCAUCCAACUAUUUGAGACUCAGAGGGUCCGGCAUGGCAUGAUGGCUCUGGGGCCCAGUGGGGCAGGAAAGACGACUUGUAUCCAUACACUGAUGAGAGCCAUGACAGAGUGUGGUCAACCACACAGAGAGAUGCGCAUGAACCCCAAAGCCAUCACAGCACCUCAAAUGUUUGGACGACUUGAUGUGGCCACAAAUGACUGGACCGAUGGCAUCUUCUCAACACUCUGGAGGAAAACACUGAAGGCAAAGAAAGGAGAACACAUAUGGAUUGUCCUCGAUGGACCGGUUGAUGCCAUCUGGAUAGAGAAUCUUAACUCGGUCUUGGAUGACAACAAAACUCUUACUUUGGCAAAUGGAGACCGAAUACCAAUGGCGCCCAACUGUAAGGUGGUGUUUGAGCCGCAUAACAUCGACAAUGCCUCUCCAGCCACUGUCUCACGCAACGGCAUGGUGUUCAUGAGUUCGUCUGUGCUCAGCUGGAGCCCGAUAUUAGAGGGGUGGUUAAAAAAACGCUGCCCUCAGGAGGUAGAGGUUCUGAGGGACCUCUUCUCUUCCUCGUUCACCAGACUGUACCGCUUCUGUGUACAGUCACUUGAGUUCAAAAUAGAGCUGCUUGAGGCUUUUGUCAUCAUGCAGUGCAUCAACAUGCUGCAAGGACUCAUCCCAACAAAGGAACAGUGUGCCGACUUAUCACGAGAGCACUUGGAGCGCCUGUAUGCGUUUGCUAUGAUGUGGAGCGCAGGAGCUGUCCUUGAACUAGACGACCGGAAAAAAAUGGAGCUGUGGCUACGAGGAACGGACAAUUUUCAUCUAAACUUGCCUGACAUCCCUCCUGACAGUGAGGACACCAUGUUCGACUAUCAUGUCACAACAGACGGUCAGUGGGUCCACUGGAAUACACGAGUGGAGGAAUAUGUGUAUCCAUCAGAAAUAAUCCCAGAGUAUAGCUCCAUUUUGGUACCCAAUGUAGACAAUGUUCGAACUGACUUCCUGAUACAGACCAUCGCCAAGCAGGCCAAGGCCGUUUUGCUGAUUGGAGAGCAAGGGACAGCGAAGACAGUCAUGAUUAAGAGCUACAUGUCAAAGCUCCAUCCUGAGACACACAUGGGAAAGAGCAUGAAUCUUUCCUCUGCCACCACACCACUCAUAUUCCAGAGAACUGUUGAGAGUUAUGUGGAUAAGAGAAUGGGGAGCACUUAUGGACCACCAGCUGGGAAAAAAAUGUCAAUCUUCAUCGAUGAUAUCAACAUGCCUGUCAUCAACGAGUGGGGCGAUCAGGUGACAAACGAGAUUGUCCGUCAGUUAAUGGACCAGAAUGGGUUCUUCAAUCUUGAAAAACCAGGGGAAUUCACUGGAAUUAUUGAUGUCCAGUUCCUGGCUGCUAUGAUCCAUCCAGGAGGAGGCCGUAAUGACAUCCCACAGAGACUCAAAAGACAGUUUUCCAUAUUUAAUUGCACACUGCCCUCCAAUUCUUCAAUUGACAAGAUCUUUGGUGUGAUUGGUGAAGGCUACUUCUGUUCAUGCCGAGGUUUUGCUGAUGAUGUUCGGGGUACAAUAACCUUACUGGUGUCUACGACUCGCCAUCUUUGGCAGAUGACAAAAGUUAAGAUGCUUCCAACUCCUGCCAAAUUCCAUUACAUCUUCAACCUUCGGGAUCUCUCCAGGGUUUGGCAAGGCAUGCUUAACACCAGUGCAGAGGUGGUCAGCUCCACCCAGGUGCUGUUGGCGUUGUGGAAGCAUGAAUGCAAACGCGUGAUAGCGGACAGAUUUAUUAUGCCUGAAGAAGUGGAGUGGUUUGAUCAGGCUUUGGCAAAAGUGGUAGGGGACACUCUUGGCGAGAAGCACAAGAACAUAGUAGACGUUGGUGUGGACAGCUACUUUGUUGACUUUCUACGAGACUCACCUGAAGCAUCAGGAGAGGAGCCAGAAGAUUCUGACAUGGAUUUACCAAAAGUGUACGAGACCAUUGAGACAUUUGACAGUUUAAAGGGAAGACUGAACAUGUUCUUGGGUCUUUACAAUGAGAGUGUCAGGGGUACUGGCAUGGACAUGGUCUUCUUUCAGGAUGCAAUGAUACAUUUGGUCAAGGUCUCAAGGAUUAUCCGGACACCUGGAGGUAAUGCCUUGUUGGUUGGUGUUGGAGGUUCAGGAAAACAGAGCUUAACUAGACUCGCCUCAUUCAUUGCUGGCUACAAGAUUUUCCAGAUCACUCUUACACGUUCCUACAACACAACUAACUUGAUGGAUGAUCUAAAAGGUUUGUACAAGACAGCGGGUCUGCUUGGAAAAGGCCUCAGCUUUCUCUUCACAGACAACGAAAUUAAAGAGGAGUCCUUCCUUGAGUACAUGAACAACGUUUUGUCAUCUGGAGAGGUAUCAAAUCUGUUUGCUCGGGAUGAAAAAGACGAGAUCCUCAGUGAUCUUGUCCCGAUAAUGAAGCGAGAGUUCCCAAAACGGCCACCCACCAACGAAAACUUGUAUGAGUACUUCAUGUCAAGAGUUCAAAACAACCUUCACGUCGUUCUGUGCUUUUCACCUGUUGGGGAAAAGUUCCGAAACAGGGCUCUAAAAUUCCCAGCGCUGAUAUCUGGUUGCACUAUGGAUUGGUUCCGACGUUGGCCUAAAGAUGCUCUUGUUGCAGUUUCAGAGCACUUUGUGUCUGCGUUUGAUAUUGACUGCUCACCUCAAGUCAAGAGUGAGGUUGUCCAAUGCAUGGGCUCUUUCCAUGAUGGAGUAGCUGAAAAGUGUGUGGAUUACUUCCAGAGAUACCGACGCUCCACUCAUGUCACACCCAAGUCCUACCUAUCCUUCAUCCAGGGCUACAAGAACAUCUAUGAGGAAAAGAGAUCGGAAGUUAAGACUUUGGCUAACAGGAUGAACACAGGCCUCCAGAAACUAAAAGAAGCAUCUGAGUCAGUAGCAGGACUCAGCAAAGAGCUGGAGGUAAAAGAGAAAGAACUACAGGUGGCCAACGAAAAGGCUGACAUGGUGCUGAAAGAGGUUACAGUCAAAGCCCAGGCAGCUGAGCGAGUUAAAGUGGAGGUUCAGAAAGUCAAGGACAAGGCCGAGGCCAUUUUAGAUCUGAUCUCAGCUGACAAGGCCAUUGCUGAGCAGAAACUUAAAGCUGCCAAGCCUGCACUGGAAGAGGCCGAGGCUGCACUGCAGACAAUCAAGCCAUCUGACAUUGCUACGGUUCGCACACUUGGGCGCCCCCCACACCUCAUCAUGAGGAUUAUGGACUGUGUGCUGCUGCUUUUCCAAAGGCGGGUAAACCCUGUGAAGAUCGACCCAGAGAAAAACUGCAACACUCCAUCGUGGCAGGAGUCUCUCAAACUCAUAACAGCUGGAAAUUUUCUGGGUAGCCUACAGCAAUUCCCCAAAGACACUAUUAAUGAAGAGACGGUGGAGCUCCUGCAGCCCUAUUUUGACAUGCCCGACUACAACAUUGAAACGGCUAAAAGAGUGUGCGGUAAUGUGGCCGGCCUUGCAUCCUGGACCAAAGCCAUGGCCACUUUCUUUUCCAUCAACAAGGAAGUCUUGCCCUUAAAGGCUAACUUGGCAGUGCAGGAGAAUCGACUGGCCAUCGCUCACGUUGAUUUUCAGAAAGCUCAGGCCGAGCUGGAUGCCAAGCAGGCCGAGCUGGAUGUGGUACAGUGCGAGUAUGAGAAGGCCAUGAUGGAGAAACAGACACUGCUGGAGGAUGCAGAGCGCUGCAGGUACAAAAUGCAGACGGCCUCAAGUCUGAUCAGUGGUUUAGCCGGCGAGAAGGAAAGAUGGACAGAGCAGAGCAAAGAGUUUGCUGCUCAGACCAAACGUCUCGUUGGUGACAUCCUCCUUGCAACGGCAUUCUUGUCAUAUUCCGGUCCGUUCAACCAGGAGUUUCGUAACCUCUUACUCAGCGAUUGGCAAAAUGAACUGAAGCAGCGUCAAAUCCCAUUUGGCAGCAAUCUCAAUCUGACCGAGCUGCUCAUUGAUGCGCCCACUGUCAGUGAGUGGAAUCUUCAGGGACUUCCGAACGAUGACUUGUCUAUUCAGAAUGGCAUAAUUGCCACCAAAGCUGCACGCUUCCCUCUCCUUGUUGACCCUCAAACGCAAGGGAAAAUCUGGAUUAAGAAUAAAGAAGCCAGCAAUGAGUUGCAGAUCACCUCACUAAAUCAUAAAUACUUCAAGAACCACCUUGAAGACAGUUUGUCUCUUGGGCGACCCCUCUUGAUUGAGGACGUAGGGGAAGAGUUGGAUCCUGCCCUCGAUAGCAUUCUAGAGAAAAACUUCAUAAAGACUGGAUCUACUUAUAAGGUAAAAAUUGGGGACAAAGAGGUGGAUGUUAUGAAGGGCUUCAGGCUGUAUGUGACUACCAAGCUGCCUAACCCAGCAUACACCCCUGAGAUCAGUGCCCGCACCUCCAUUAUUGACUUCACUGUUACAAUGAGAGGAUUGGAGGACCAGCUUCUAGGUCGAGUGAUUCUCAGAGAAAAACAGGAACUGGAGAAGGAGAGGACAGAUCUCUUAGAGGAUGUUACAUCUAACAAGCGCAAGAUGAAGGAGCUUGAAGACAGCCUCCUCUGCCGACUGACCAGCACACAGGGCUCACUAGUGGAUGAUGAAAGUCUGAUUGCUGUUCUUGCCAACACCAAGUGCACAGCUGAAGAGGUCAAUCAGAAGCUACAUAUUGCAGCUGACACGGAGGUUCAAAUCAAUGCUGCCAGGGAGGAGUAUCGACCUGUGGCCACCAGGGGAAGCAUCUUGUAUUUCUUGAUCACAGAAAUGAGCAUGGUGAAUGUAAUGUAUCAGACUUCCCUGAGACAAUUCCUAGGACUUUUUGACCUUUCUCUGGCUAGGUCCUCCAAAAGUCCCAUCACCAGCAAGCGUAUCGCCAACAUUAUAGAGUUCAUGACCUUCAAGGUGUACAAAUACGCAGCACGUGGCUUGUAUGAAAAGCACAAGUUUCUCUUCACUCUACUCUUGACACUCAAGAUCGACAUGCAAUGCAGCAGGGUCAAGCACGAAGAGUUUCUCACACUGAUUAAAGGUGGUGCAUCCCUGGACCUAAAGGCGUGCCCUCCAAAACCAGCAAAAUGGAUUCUUGACAUGACCUGGCUUAAUCUUGUGGCCCUCAGCAAACACUGGGAGUUCUCUGAUGUACUGGAUCAGAUAAAUCGCAAUGAGAAGCAGUGGAAGAUUUGGUUUGAUAAGGAAGCACCAGAGGAGGAGAAGGUCCCAAACUCCUACGAUCAAGCGAUGGACUGUUUUAGGCGCUUACUUCUUAUUCGCUGCUGGUGUCCCGACCGCACCAUUGCACAGGCGCGUAAAUACAUAAUGGAUGCAAUGGGGGAGAAGUACACUGAAGGGGCCAUUCUUGACUUGGAACAGACUUGGGAGGAAUCUGACUCGCGGACGCCUAUGAUCUGUUUCUUGUCGAUGGGUUCUGACCCAACAGACUCCAUCAUUGCUUUGGGAAAACGACUAAAGACUGAGACCAAAUAUGUUUCCAUGGGACAAGGACAAGAGGUCCAUGCCCGGAAACUUCUGCAACAGAAUAUAGCUAAUGGUGGCUGGGCCUUACUCCAGAACUGCCACCUUGGUCUGGAUUUCAUGGACGAACUAAUGGACAUAAUAAGCGAGACAGACUUUGUCCAUGACAGUUUCCGCCUAUGGAUGACCACUGAGUUCCACAGGCACUUUCCUAUCACCCUUCUCCAAAUGUCAAUCAAGUUUACAAAUGAGCCACCGCAGGGCUUGAAGGCGGGGCUUAAAAGAACCUAUGGAGGCAUUAACCAGGACCUUUUGGAUGUGAGCAAUAUGGCGCAGUGGAAGCCUAUUCUGUAUGGGGUUGCAUUUCUUCAUAGCACCGUGCAGGAAAGGAGGAAGUACGGCCCCCUGGGAUGGAACAUUCCCUACGAGUUCAACCAGGCAGACUUUAAUGCAACUGUGCAAUUUGUUCAGAACCAUCUUGACGAUAUGGACGUCAAAAAGGGGGUUUCAUGGACUACAGUGCGGUAUAUGAUUGGAGAAAUUCAAUAUGGUGGCCGCGUGACUGAUGACUAUGACAAGCGCCUUCUCAACACCUUUUCCAAAGUGUGGUUUAGUGAGGAAAUGUUUGGACCAACAUUUAACUUCUAUAAAGACUAUAGCAUCCCAAAAUGUUCCAAUGUUGACCAGUAUCUUUCAUAUAUCCAGGGUCUCCCAGCCUAUGACACUCCAGAGGUGUUUGGUCUGCACCCAAAUGCAGACAUCACCUACCAAAGUAACUUGGCAAAGGAUGUAUUGGACACAAUUCUCAGUAUUCAGCCCAAAGAUAGCUCUUCGGGGGGAGGGGAGACCAGAGAGGCUGUGGUGUCCAGGCUGGCUGACGACAUGUUGGAGAAACUGCCCGCAGACUAUGUACCAUUUGAAGUGAGAGAAUGUCUACAGAAGAUGGGUCCUUUCCAACCAAUGAACAUCUUCCUGCGUCAGGAAAUAGAUCGCAUGCAGAGGAUCAUAGUUCUGGUCCGAAACACCCUAACUGAUCUCAAGUUGGCGACCGAUGGUACUAUCAUCAUGAGCGAAAAUCUGCGAGAUGCCCUGGACUGCAUGUACGAUGCACGUAUUCCUGAACGCUGGAAGAAGGAAUCGUGGGCCUCUAGCACUCUAGGGUUCUGGUUUACAGAGUUACUUGAGCGUAACCGGCAGUUUCAGGCUUGGAUCUUUGAAGGGCGACCAAACUGCUUUUGGAUGACUGGAUUCUUCAACCCGCAGGGGUUUCUGACAGCUAUGAGACAGGAGAUCACCCGAGCCAAUAAAGGCUGGGCUCUGGAUCGCAUGGUGCUAUGCAACGAAGUGACCAAGUGGAUGAAGGAUGACAUCACGCAGCCUCCUGCCGAGGGAGUCUAUGUCUACGGCCUACACCUGGAGGGGGCCGGCUGGGACCGCCGCAACUGCAAACUCAUCGACUCCAAACCAAAAGUCCUUUUUGAAAUGAUGCCUGUGAUCCGGAUGUAUGCAGAGAAUAAUGGUAUCAAAGACAGUCGCCUUUACUCUUGCCCAAUCUACAAAAAGCCAGUUAGGACAGACAUGAACUACAUUGCAGCAGUCGACCUCAAGACCACACUUGCUCCAGAACAUUGGAUUCUUCGAGGCGUGGCGCUCCUCUGUGAUGUCAAAUGAUCACUGAGGAACGUGAACGCUUUAAUAGGCAUCAGAAUGGAGCACCUUAAACAGUCACCCUGAAAUCCAUGCAAACAGGUAUUGAAUAUAAGAUACCAAUAUUAAACAUCCUGGUUAUUUUCAUUCAAAUAAAACACACCAUGACUGAAAUACAUGGAAAUUUAAUGACAUUUGUUUAAAAAAAAAAAAAAAAAACAAUAGAAUCAUUUACACAUCCAAAUAUUUUGGAGCAAAAUGUUCUUUUUUUUUUUCAAAACCACCGUACCACACCACUUAUCUAUAGCUACCCUGUACACAGAUAUAAGCAGAUACCUGUAGAUUCCGUUUAAAUUGACUCCUGUAAUUUUCUUUCAGAAUGUGUGACUUUAACCUCCUUUAAAAUUACGAGUGUUGUGCAAAUAGCCAAUUUUAAAAAGUUGAUGUGAAAACAUGGCCCUACGUGGAUAACAGACCGAAUUCAUUCAUUCAUAGACAUUCAUUGUUCCAUGCUUCUAAAAAGGUAGAUGCAGUUAUAUUCAUGUCACGUGUCUCUGUCUGAAAAUGUAGUCAUGCAGUAUUCCUCUGUAAUGUUUUGCAGUCUUCAUUUGAAUAAAAGACAAUUCAAGAACA